AUGGCAAACUUUCUAGUGAAACGCACUUCAAAUUCAACCCCAAUCCCAAAUAGUAUUGAUAAACUUGAAAGGGCAAUCAAUUCUGCACUUUCUCAAGGAAACUUAAAGCUGGCAUGUGAGUAUUUAUCAAAGCGACUAAACAAAUCAGUUGAUGCAAAUACCCCAAAAGAAAUUGAAAUCCUAAAUAUUUUUAAAAUAUUUUAUAGCAAAUUUAAAGAAAAAUUUACAAAACUAAUAGAAAACGAAAACUAUGACGACGCAAUUUCAUCAAUGAAAACUCUGGAUAAAAUAAUUUCUUCUCAUACUGAAAUAAAUUUGGCAAAUGAAAGAUUAGAUCUUCUCAAUAAUCUAUCUGUAGCUUAUAGAAAAUCUAACAGGACAAAUGCUGCAAAUGAUGUAGUCGACAAAGCAUUGACUCUAUUUUCUAUGCCAAAAGUACUUAAAGAAACCAAAACUUCUAUUCUUUUAAAUAAAUGCUCAAUUUUAUCAAGCCAAGGGGAGCAUGAAGAAGCUCUCCUAUAUUCCAACAAAGCUAAAACUUUAGCUAAAACUGACUUUAAAGAACACAAAAAUAGUGAAAAAUCCCAACAAAUUACUCUUCUAGCAGUUGCUUAUCACAACUCUGGGGUGGAAAAUGAGCAUCUAGGAAAUAUUCGUAAAGCACUUCAUAAUUACAAAAAAUCUAUUGAUUUCUUAUCAAAAAACGGUACCAAAGAGCAUUCCUCAAUGCUCCGUACCUUUAAGAAGCUUUUUGAAGAAGCGUCCAAGCUUCAUUCUUUUCAGAGCUCAAAGCAUAGCAGAGAAUCCUCAUUCCCUGCUGUUUCAGAUGGCAAAAACUCAGAAAAAGAUCCCCCAAGAAAAGCAGCAAAAUCGUCAUCGUCAAGAGGCAAUUUAAAAUCAGCAUCUACCAAUGAUUUAGCAUUGAAAAAUCGUGCAACCAAUGUUUCACCUUUCUCUGUAGAAAAUUUGUGAGAACAGUCUGAAAUAAGCGAAACUUCUAGAUCAAAUGCAUUAUUUGAAAAACCCCCAAUAAGCAGAGGAACUGCAAGGGUUAGAGGAGGAAGAAGAAAAAUUGGGGCAGAAAGCAGAGCGUCAAGUAGUAAAAACAGCUAUGAAAGCAGUGAAAUAGAAAAACAUUAUAUUAUCAGCAGAGAUUCGAGUAGUAAAAAUAGUUCUGAAAGCGGAAAUUCAUCAAAACCUAAACCCGGAACGAUUUUUAGAAUUGGGCAAAGUUCUUCAAGUUCUAGGCUACCUGAAAGUGGCGUUAUUACACAGCGUGAAACUUAUGAAGAAAUUGACCAUUUUUUUGCAAAACCGUCAGAAGAGUUUAUGAAAGAAGAAAAAAUUAUUUUUGAGCCUGAGAAACCAAAAGAAAUACCAACUUUUAAAUAUAAAAUCCCUAAAUGGUUUGUCUUGAAUGAGGAAGUUCCUGUGCUAUCAAUAAGCCAGAAUAAGGAUUCUUAUAUAGAGCAAAAAACAUCAAAUGCCAAUAAAAAUAGAGAAAACUUAAAUGAGCUUGGAAAAUCAAAGAAUUUAUUAGAAAGCUUAAGAUUGGACAAUUCAGAUACUAAGCUAAAUUCUUCUAAAAGUGAAAAGGCUCCAUACUUCACUUUUCAGGCAAAAUCGGUACCAAGAGCGCAGUUGAAAAUUCCUGAUUUAAGCAGCUCAAGAUCAGAUUCAUUAGAAAUAAAAACUCAAGAGCCAAUAAGUGCAGAGCCAAUAAGGUCAAAUCAUUCUAUAAGCAGUGCCACGGAAAUCCAAAAAAUUGAAGUCUUUAAUAGACAAGAAACAAAAAAGUUCAAAUUGCAGCCUAAAAUUUUUAAGCACCAAAAUAAAUCAGUUUUGACUAAAGAAGACUUAGAAAAAAUGAAAAAAGCAGCAAUUUUAAUUCAAAAGCACUUUAGAAGACAUAUAGCACAGGAUUUCUUGAUUAUCAGUAAAAAAUAUCAGAAACAAAAAAUCCUUCUGAGAACCUGCAGAAAAAUACAAAAUAAAUUUUACAGCAUCAUUAUUUUUCAAAAUCAAAAUUUAAUUUCUGCCAAAGCUUCUGAGGUUGGAAAGCUUACUAAUGAGCUUAUAUAUACAGUCCCAAAAAACAUGACAAUUUCUCCUCGAGAGCUUGCAGACAGACUUGAUAUAGAUGGUUAUCAUGCCCUUUAUUUGCCUGAAAAAGAAGCUAAUAACUCUGAUAAUAUAAGAUGAACAAUGGUAACAAGAAUAAUGAAAAGAAUCCAAGAUGCUGGGUAUUUAUUUCAAUUUUACUUAAAUGAAAAUAACUCGAAAUUAAUGAUUAAAGCUCAUGAGCUCGGUAAAAACAAAGAAAUUUGUUCAGUUUUUGAAGAAGAUAUAACUCAUCUUAAUGAAGAAGAUUUGAUUAAAUAUCUAAAUACCGAAGUUUUAGAAAGAAUUGAUAUUCAAAAUGAAAGAAUAAUUUUAAAUCCAAAAAUAGAAAUUAAUAAUGAGCUACCAAAUCUUAAGGAUUUUGAUGAAUCAAAAAUAGUGAAAAUUCAAAGAUUAUUCAGGAAAAAGAAAUCACCAUCUAAACCCAAAGCUGAUGCCUCAAAUCCUCAGCAAAGUUCAUUUAUUGCUGAUUUCCUAAAAUCACAACAAAUAAAAGAUUUAAAAUUUCAGAAAUUUGGGUUUUCAGAAGAAAAUGAAGAAAAUAAUGGCCAGAAUUUUCCUAAACUCCAGUUUGGAACCCAAAAUGAAGAUGAAAACCAGCAAGAAUCAGAAAAAGAAAGAAAAUUUACUAGGCCUCAAAUAGAGCUGCUUACAGAUGAUCUAUUGAUUAGAAGUCAAAAAAUAUUUUUUAAAUGCAUAUAUUUAAUAAGCUUAUAUAAAGAAGCUAUGAACGGAAAUGAAUAUAUAAGAGUUGAAGCAUUUCCUACCAAAAAACUGCCUAAGCCAGCAAUGGCUAUGAUGAAAUUAAGAGAAAUUUGCGAAAUUCUUGAGCUAUGAGAGAACUCUGAGGUGUAUGACCAUAAAGAAGAGAUAAUUAAACAUGUUGAUAUAAAACAAGGAAAAGUGAUAAUAGCAAAACAGCCUGUUUCUGAACCAGUGAACAAAGAACUCCUAUUUACAGGAGAAAAAAAAUUAAAUACAAAUUUUAAUUAUCAAGUAACCUUCUAUGAAAUUGAAAUUGAUGAAAUAAAAGAAAAAAUUCUGAUUGAGGCUGCAACUCUUCAAGAAGUCAUUCCUAUUCACAUAUAUUUGUCAGUUUCCAAAGAAGAAAUCGCAGAAACCCUAGAAGUUAAUGUUAAAGAUAUCUAUAAAAACUUGGAUAAGCUGGCAGAUUUAUUAUCACUUGAGAACUCAGAGCUUCAUAUAUAUAAGAAAAAAGCUUCAAGACUCCCCCCAGCUAUCUUAAUAAGUCUGCCUUCUAUAAGGCAUUAUAUAAACGCAUCAACAUCUAGUAGCAAGUCAAGUAAAAUUGAGAGUCCAAAAUUACCAGAAAUUCCACCAACCGAUACAAUCCCUUGCCCAACUGUAAAUACUCUGGCUAUUCCUUCAGUAAAAAAGAUAAAUCAAAAAAUUGAAAGCCAUUCUAUUCUUCCCAAAAAAUUGAUUUCUAUGGAAGAAAAAGCAGCCAUAACAAUCCAGAAAUUUAUUAGGUCUAAAAAUGCAAGGGAACUGAGAAAACUGCUCUCUAUGAAAAACUACAGGGAAAAUCAUAACAAAAUUUUAGGCCGAGGUGUAAGAUUUAUUAAUGGCAUUGCAUAUAUGGUUACUGUAUAUUCCACAAAAAAAGGUAUUCUAGUAGAAGUAAGAGAUAUGGACCAAGGCAAUUUAUUAGAAAAAAUAAUUGAUCCACCUAAUUAUAUUUUUGGGUUUUCGAAAUGGAAUAAUAUUAAAAUGAUAAUUGACUCAUUAGCGAUUUCUAAUGGAAAACUAGCGUUUUUACGCAACUAUAAAAGGCAUGAGAACAUUAAUGUCCAAAAUAGAGAUUAUUCUUAUUUUGAAAAUGCGGUUGACGAAGGUUUAUCGUUAGAAACUGCCACCUUAAGGCUUCAAAAAUGAAUGAGAAUUGUCCUAGCUAAAAGAUUAUUGAUACGAAAACGAAAUGAAGCAACCCAAAAAUUGAUAAUCAACAAGAAAAAAACUAUUGGCGGAGAAGAUUACAUGGUAAGUAUUUUUCAAACCGCAACUGAAUAUAUAGUCCAGGUCUAUUCUACAAAUAAACCUGCAAACAACCAAUGAAUAUAUACAAAAAAAUACUCAUUAGAAGACCUUAAAAAUAUAUAUGGAGAUAUCGAUACAGAAAAUAUUUUCAGAGAAAUUGAAAUACAGAACAAAAAAUUAGUUUUAAUCAAGCCUAAAUAUUUUGGAGGUGGCGCUUACUCCAAAGUGCAAAGAAAUCGAGGAGGCACAAGCCGAAUCGAUGAAUCCUCUUCCUCAUUUUGCAGUAUUUCUGAUGAAAAAUUGAUAAUGUCACAAGAAAGGAUUUUAAACUUUAAAAAAUGUAUAGUGAAUAUUGGCUUAGAUAAGCGCUAUAAUCAAAAAGCUAAUAAAGAGUCUGAAAUGAUCAUUUUUGAUGUAGCACCUGUAUCAGAUGCGCUAUCAAGAAAACAGCUUUCAGUCGAUAUAAAAACAGCUUCUGAUAAAGUUGGAAUACCAACACAAUGGCUGGUUCCUUUAUGCAAAUAUCUGCUUGACAAUUGUUUACAAGUGGGCGAAUAUAGUAUCAAUUUGAACAUGGAUGUUCCAAAAAUGGAUAUAAAUUUAAUGGCAACAAAAAUACAGAGAGCUUAUAGAGGCUGAAGGAUUAGAAAACUGAUAGGGAAAAUUGUAAAAAGUGCCGAUGGAGGGUUGAUUGCUAUGCAUAAAAAAAAUAUCCAUGGAAAAGUUUAUAUGAUCUAUGCUUAUGCACAGAAUAAAAGAAUAAAAAUCGAGGCUGAAUGUGGAAAAGAAACGGUUGCGAUGUAUUUGGAUGCAGAAAUAUUAAAAUCCAUAGGUGACACCACGAGGAAAAAAUUUUUAGAGACCAGAAUUUUUCCAUAUAUAGGAAUUCAUGACCAAGGAAUUCUCCGAAAAUUGUAUUUUGAGAAAAGAAAUACUGCAGCAAACACAAAUCUAGCUGUAACUUCAAGCCAAUCUAUCCUUAAAACAGAGCCUGAGCCUCAAAAAGCUCUUAAUUUGCCUAAUAUUUCAAAAAACCCAAAAAAUUUGUCGCAAGCUAUUUCAUAUUUUAACCAAAAAGCUACAGAAAUGGCGAAACUAGAAACUUCGGGUGAUGUGAUAAAGCGGAAAGGACAAAAUCCAAGACAAAAAGAUGAUAAAAAGAAUUCAAGAGAAGAAAUGAAAUACAGUCGAAGUGGAAGCUCUGUAAAUCAAAGUUUAUCAUCAAGCCGCAACAUAAAUUCUAGUGUAACCAAUACUUUUUAUUUAUCAGAACCUCCAAAGCUUCUAUUUCAAACAGUUUCUUCAAUCAAUAAAACUUUUUAAAAGAUUGCUAGCUUAGUUUAGGCCAGAGUUAUCGGCAAGCUGAUCCCAGCCCCAAACAUGUGAAUCCCAUCAUUUUAAGAAGCCCCAAGGUGGGUUUUUACCUUGCUAAGGCCCUAUGAUAGUUUUUUUUCUCGGCACAGUGCUAGCUCAUACUUCUGAGGAGGUACUAUUUACCUGUAAAAGGUGUAGAGCCCUAGAAUGAGGCUAUGGGCGGUAAAACGCAUACCCUAAUCAAUAUCAGGAUUUAGAAAGUCCUUGACCAUUAAUUAUCCCAAGAGACUGGUGACGUUGACAGGAAAAGAGUGAAAUGUAUAACCUCCGGUGCCCUAGAGCAACCUUAGCCCGAAGUCACUCAAUAAUCCUCUACGACUCACAUCAAUUUAUCUAAUCUUCUCUAAUCUAAUCUAUCAAUAAACGUCAAUUGUCUAUAUCAUUAUACGGGAGCUCUGAUGGAAUUAUAGUUGAAACUGUGGACGCGAAAAAUAUCUAUUUAUUUAUGAAUAUUGAGCAAUAAAUUUUACAAAUAAAAUAGCUAAAGGAUAUUUUAAUUGCUUCUAAAGACCAUUAUUUAUUAAAAUGGCAUAAAAAAUUAUCCUUGCAGCUAGAAACCUCGAUUCCUUCUAAUACUCCUGAAGAAGUUAUCGAAAGGAUUUGUCGAGAUAUAAUAGCGCGGCUAUAUAUUGAUAAAAGCACAGGAGAAGAAAUGCUUGUUUUAGGCCAAGGAGAAGUGAUAUACAAAAAACGGCAGAUGAUUUCUGAUAGAAGCUUUUUAGUUUCUGGUAUAAAGCGGCAUGAUGGGAUUACUCUCACUGCUUUUGAUCCUGGCAGUAAACAGAUUUUAGAGUGUAAAAUAGGAAAAUCUGUAUGGAACGAAGAAAACUUGCAAGAAGAGCUUGAAAAAGUUGUGAAAAAAUUAAAAGUUGUAAAGAUACUUGGAGAUGACGCAUUAAUUUUAAAUUAA